CAGAGACACACAAAAACACAGAGGCAUGAUAUGGUCCGGGGUACUCAGCUGUGCAGAUUUCUCUUAGGGAGGUUGAGGAGUACUUGUCAAGACGUGGACUUUAGUCAAAAGAGGCAUUGAAAACUGCUUCACCGCUUGGACUGGACACUCUAUCACUCACAGCUGACCUUGGAAAACUAAAAGGGGAAAGAGGAUUUUUUUAUGCUGCAUCCAGUUCAAUGAUGGCAUUGCCAAAUGACUUCACCCUUUUCAACUCCACCUCGUCCCCCUAUUCGACGACAGAGAUCUAUUUGAACACCUCUGUAGUGCCCUCGGCUCUUCCCUGCACAGACUGGCCUCCUUUACCCACGACCACGAUAAUCCCUGCCAUUUACAGCAUCAUCUGCGUGCUGGGCAUCGUAGGCAACACCCUUGCAAUUUGGGUGUUGGCCCAUUCCAACACCUCAAGGAGAACUGUGGCUAACACCUUCAUGCUGAACCUGUGUGUGUCCGACCUGCUGUUCCUGCUGUCCCUCCCAAUGUGGGCCGUCUAUUACUCCCAUGGCUACAACUGGCCCUUUGGUAGCGCUGCCUGCAAAGUGUGCGGAGCACUCCUCAUCCUCAACCUCUACGCGUCCAUCUUUUUCAUCACCUCCAUGAGCGUGGACCGCUAUCUUGCCAUUGUGCGUCCGCUGCGCUCCCAGAGUUCACGGUACCCCAAACGUGCUCGGUUCACGUGCAUCGUGGUGUGGGUGCUUGCGUGUGCUUGCUCAGCACCCACCUUUUAUCUGAGGCGCACCCACUACAUAGAGGAGGUUGGUGUGGAGGUCUGUGGGAUUAUCCAUCCUGAUCGUGCCUGGUACCUGACCCUGGCCUGGAUGAAGAUUGCUUUGGCCUUUCUGCUGCCACUGUUUGUCAUCUCUUGCUGUUACUUGGCAAUCGGCAGGCAUCUGUUGGCUGAUACGGGACUGGGAAGAAUGCGGUCAACGUCGCAGCCCUUUAACAUGCCCUCUUUUAAAUCACUCGAGUCCAAGGAGAACUGCAAUAAACCAGAGAGACCCCCGACCCCUUGCGUGAAUCCCAGCUCCAGCGGGGGCAGACCCCUGGAGGGCAGGGGGCUGGAGCGGGUGUUGUGGACAGUAGCUGCGGUGGUCCUGGCCUUCUUCAUCUGCUGGUUCCCCUUCCACUGUGUGACCUUCUUAGGAGUGCUGUAUAACGAGGGCUGGUUGAAAUGCUGCUGGGUGCAAUGGACAAUCGACAACCUCACCCCCCUCACCCUCUGCCUGGGAUUCUCCAACUCGGCCAUAAAUCCUGUGCUCUACUGCUUCAUCGGAAACCAUUUCCGGGGCCGUCUCGGGGGGCUCUGCAAGGGCCUGUGUGCUUGUCUGGAGGCCCGCGGGGACGAUCACAGCCAGAACAGAGGAUCGUUCAGCACCAGGCUGAGCUCCUUCUCCCGAAAACUCAGUGACCUGAAAGACCUGCCGAUUGUUGAGCAUUCAGGUCACACCUAACAAACUGAAAGGGAGGAAGAGGCUCUCCACUUCCCUCCACUGGCUUCACACUAAAAGCAGUGAACCCAACUUCAAAAAUGUAAAUGACGGCUGAAUUCCCAAAAAUCAUGGAUGUGUUCCACAGGGCUGUUGCUACAAAGACAGAAAGAAGUCACGAAGCAAAUGAUAAAGCUGCGAAGAAGGGUUUAAAGUUUUAAAGCUAGUUAGCCAAGCUGUUCAACAACCCGAUCAGUUAUACAUGUCAUGCCUUUAAUGCCAGCAGGUAGCUGUUAUCAGCUAGAACAUUUUUAAAAAUACACUGAAGGCUACACAACUUGCUCAGGACCAAACUGCGGAGAGUUAGCAGCUAGCUUGUGAUCAUAAUAUAACGGCUAAUGAAACAGAUAUUUACCUCAAGAGUAGGUAAAGACCAACAGAUAGAGGGUUGUUGGACAAAAACAGACUCCAAAUGAUUGAUUAUGUUGCUCCAUAUCUGCUAGGUGUGUAAAUAUGCAACAGUUUGCUAACAACAGCUAGCUGUCGGCUUUCACAAAGUUUUCUCAUUUGAGUGAAAAAAUAAUCUGUUACUACAAGUUUAAAGGUGUAAAAAAAACCUGUUCGGAGUCAGUAUUUACAUUAACUCUGCUAAGCUAAGUCUAACUCUAUUUCUGCAACACAAGUUUAGUUUCUCUGUUUCAGAUUGGUUGGAUUUAGCUUCUGCCUCAUCAAUAUGAAAUUAAACACUAGAUAAGUUGCUGUAUACAAGGAAACAGGAAAGUAUGAAAGAGGUAAUGUAUCAUAGGCUUUUAACUGUGGUUAUCUCAACAACUAUCUCUCUAACAAGCUCUAUUUUAUAGUUCUGCUAACUAUGAGGUUUUCUCUGAAAUGAUCCAAUGGCUUAAAAAUAUUUUAUACGGUAAAUACAUUUUGAGCAAAUGUGUGGGUACUGUGUUGCAUGGAAGGGCAGAAACAUAAUGAGAUAUGCCUACAGAUGUAUUGGUUAAUUAUUAAACCAGUCAAAAUAAAGCUGUUUUUUUCUUUCUUUUUUUAUCAAACCAAGAUAUUAAGUGUAAUCAUGUUGUAUUGCUAUAGUAUUGUUCUGUAAUGACAGUGUAUGAAAAUAACUUUAUUGCAUUAACUAAAAAUUAAAGUGUCCAAUAUUUGCCAAAAA